CUUAUAAUAUCCAUCAUAGCUGUUAUUCGAUGCUAGACGAUACAAGCUACAAGUACAUGAAGGAAUAAUAAAAAAGGUUCACAAUUAAUUAUUGGAACAAAUAGUUGCGAAAGGACUAGACAAUCAAGAGUUAAAGAAUGAGACAGGUAUAUACAUCAACUUAAAAUGGCUUUUUACUGGAUAAUUGUGACUUUAGUAGCUAUACUUGUUAAUAAUGUUACUGGAUGUCCACAGCAAUGUCGAUCAUGUGCCAAUAAUGUAGCUGACUGUAGCGAGGCAAGCAUCAAUAGUCCACCUAAAAAUUUUGCAGAGGGAAUAUCCAUAAUAAACUUAAGCAGCAAUAGAUUUUCUGUUCUCGGUCCAAGAUCAUUUCAGCGACUUGCGUCGGUAGAAAUUUUGAAGGUACGUGGGAAUCGAAUCCGUGUGAUUCGAUCAUCCGCUUUUCGUAACUUCCGAAAUUUAAUGACCCUGGAUUUAGCUGAUAAUCAGAUUGUGAAGAUUUAUGGGCGGGGAUUUCUGGGGAUGAGAAACUUAGAGACAUUGACAUUAUCCAAUAAUCGUCUUAGGUCGUCAUCGCGGAUUUUCUCAUAUACGCCAAAACUUUAUCAACUGAAUCUUGCCUUUAAUGCUAUAAAGAAAGUAGGCGAUGGCGACUUCUCCAAUUGUAGAAAUCUUCAUCAAUUAGAUCUACGUGGUAAUCAGAUAACCAGUAUCCAUAGAAACGCGUUCCAAAACCUUGUUAAUUUACGCACGUUGUUUUUGAACAGCAAUCCUAUAGCAAUUCUUCCCGACCUCAAUUUCGGAAGCCAGGUCUUAAAUUUAUUGGACUUUUCCGAAUGUCAACUGACACGAAUUCCCAAAACUCUUCCAGCAUCGAUUGGUGACUUACGAUUCAACAAAAACAAACUAACCAGAAUUAACCAAUCAGAUUUAGCCAAUGUGACAGGACUAAAAAUGAUUACGCUAAACUAUAAUGAAAUUGACAUUGUUGAAUAUUUUGCGCUGGGUAAUGCCCUUGGAUUAAAAGAAGUUUGGUUACGUGGCAACAAGCUUGUGUACAUUCCUCGCGGACUUCCAGAUAGCGUCACACAACUACACAUGGGCUCAAACAUAGUCUAUCAAAUCGAAGGACGACUUUUCUCGAACAAAUCUCAAUUAGAGUUUGUGGAUAUAAUGGACAAUAAUGUGGUGAAUAUCAGUAGCCAAGCUUUCAAAGAUCUGAAAAAAUUACGAAUUUUAAAUUUUCAAGGGAAUCAACUGGAAGACAUUAAGCCUGGAACGUUUACCAACCUGAAUAACUUGACAUCAUUACUUCUCGCUAACAACCCCAUUACAACCAUUCAUGAUGGAGCAUUUAGUAACCUUGCCAACCUUACCACCUUGACUAUCAAUUACAACCCCGUAGAGGAUGUGUUUUUUGAGGAAAACUUUCUGGAAGCAAUGCCAAAAUUAGAAACGCUUGAUUUAAUGGCGAGUCCUGGAAUGACCAAAAAUCUCCUGCGACUUCUUGAUGGUACCAAUCUUGUAAUGGAACAUGUUAAGAUGGUGUCACUGACAUACAAUAAUUUGCAUAAACUGGCGCCAAUUUUCCGACAAGUAUUUCCCAAUAUAGAAAAAGUGACAUUAGAUGGAAAUGCUUGGAUUUGUGACGACAAACUUUUGUGGUUAAAACAAUGGAUUGAUUCAGCCAGUUCUGAUGUCGUGUUUUACGAAUAUUCUCCUCCGAAAUGUGAGACUCCGUAUGGUUUGAAUGGACAGGAAAUACAUGAAGUUCCAGACAGGGAUUUCAUAGCUCCAGACGAGAAUAUGUUGAAUGAUUUCCCGUACUGGUUGAUAGAAGAAGAGUUUAAAGAUUUCAACGAAGGUCAAUAUGAUAGGACUAGCGAUGACAAGGUGAAAGACAAACAAUACGAUAGAAAAGGUGACAAGGUCAAGGACAAACAAUACCACAGAACAGAUGACAAGGUCAAGGACACACAAUACCACAAAACAGGUGACAAGGUCAAGGACACACAAUACCACAAAACAGAUGACAUGGUCAAACAAUACCACAAAACAGAUGACAAUGUCAAGGACAAACAAUACCGCAGAACGGAUGACAAGGUCAAACUAUACCAAAGAACAGAUGACAAGGUCAAGAACAAACAAUACCAAAGAACAGAUGACAAGGUCAAGGACGAUGAAAAGGUAAACAAGCCGAAGGUUAGCCAAAAGGUCAAAGAUCAAGAAAGAAACCAAGCUGUGAAGAAGGAGAGAAGAAACAAGAAGAAAUCAGAAAGAAAACUUUCCAAAAUUGACAAGAAACCAUCAGUGAAGAAAGCAAGUGAAAGAACUCAAUCAGAUGAUAAAUUAAAGCCAAUCAAAACUGCUGUUUCAACAGAUUCUAACCAACCCUUGGCAACAGAGCAAAAUAAAGUCUUAACCAACAACGAUAGCAUACCUCCAACACCAAUGAGUCGUCAACAAAAGUCAAGAGGUAAUGGCCGUAAACAUAAAGGUAAAGGUCGCAAACAUCGAGGAAAGGGUAGAAAGAGAAAUCGUCAACAUAAAAAGAGAAAAGAGAAAGAAAGAUUGAGAAAACGUAAUCCUGUGUGAGUAGAUGUUCCAUAUUCAACAUUAUAACUUUCACAUGUUGACGUAUCAGAGUGGGAGGUGCUUGUUACACAAUGCAUGUUAUUCUAACCAAUGAGAAACUAGGUGCUAAUGUGUCUAACCAAUCAGUAAUAACAUAUCAUUUUAAUUCAUAUAACUUUUCAAAAAGACAAUAGAGAUCAUAAUUGUUUACUUUAUUUAUAUAACCUGGAACCAAUAUGUAUACUGAUGAUUUGUAAUAAAUUAAGUUACAUGUAGAUCAGUGGUAUGUACAUGACACCCUACAGAUCUGCACAUGGAAUCAAUACUGAUGAUUUGUGAUAAAUUAAGUUACAUUUUGAUCAGUGAUAUGUACAUGACAACCUACAGAUCUUAACAGUAUUUAUAUUAUCUCUUGAAUCAAGAAAAUAAAUGUAAUUUAAUAAACUCCAUAUUUAAAAUAA